CCCUUUUACCUCCCACGACCACCAGCGCUGCGCGCAGUGAGAGCUCUUGCCCGACCAUCUCCCCAAACCCGGAUAUCCAAUUCGACUCAUUUCACCAUGAAGGGAGAGAUUCUUCACCUCCACCUAGGUCAGGCUGGUACCCAGCUCGGUAACAGCGCCUGGGAGCUGUACCUCCUCGAGCAUGGCCUCGGCCCUGAUGGUCGUCCCGACCCCAACGCCAAGGACAUUGUCGACGGUGGCUCGUACGAGACCUUCUUCACUGAGACCAGCGGCGGCAAAUAUGUGCCCCGUUCGCUCUUUGUCGACCUCGACCCUUCGCCCAUUGACGAGAUCCGCACCGGCAGCUACCGCCAGCUGUUCCACCCCGAGCUCCUGAUCAGCGGCAAGGAGGAUGCUGCCAACAACUACGCCCGUGGUCACUACACCAUUGGCAAGGAGAUGGUUGACAAUGUCAUGGACCGCGUCCGUCGUGUUGUUGACAACUGCAACUCCCUGCAGGGUUUCCUGAUUUUCCACUCGUUUGGCGGUGGUACUGGAUCCGGUUUCGGUGCUCUCCUGCUCGAGCGCAUCGCCACAGAGUACGGCAAGAAGUGCAAGCUCGAGUUUGCCAUCUACCCUGCUCCCCGGGUCUCGACCGCCGUCGUCGAGCCUUACAACGCUGUUCUGUCCACCCACAGCACCAUCGAGAACUCUGACUGCACAUUCCUCGUUGACAACGAGGCUGUCUACGACAUCUGCCGCCGUAACCUGGAUAUUCCCCGCCCCAGCUACGAGCACCUCAACCGCCUGAUUGCUCAGGUCGUCAGCUCCAUCACCUCGUCGCUGCGCUUCGACGGUGCCCUCAACGUCGACCUGAACGAGUUCCAGACCAACUUGGUCCCCUAUCCUCGUAUCCACUACCCCUUGAUCAGCUACGCUCCUGUUGUCUCUGCCACCAAGAGCGCCCACGAGAGCUUCAAGGUUCACGACCUGACCUUCCAGUGCUUCGAGCCCAACAACCAGAUGGUCGUCUGCGAUCCCCGCAACGGCAAGUACAUGGCUGUCGCUCUGCUGUACCGCGGUGAUGUGGUUCCCCGCGACUGCAACGCCGCCAUCGCCGCUCUCAAGGCCAAGAACUCGUUCAACCUGGUCGAGUGGUGCCCCACUGGCUUCAAGCUCGGCAUCAACUACCAGAAGCCCAUGGCUGUGCCCUUGGCUAACCCCUCCGAUGGCGGCCUCGCCUCUGUCGACCGCGCUGUCUCCAUGUUGUCCAACACCACUGCCAUUGCCGAGGCCUGGUCGCGUCUCGACUACAAGUUCGAUCUCAUGUACAGCAAGCGUGCCUUCGUCCACUGGUACGUUGGCGAGGGUAUGGAGGAAGGCGAGUUCUCUGAGGCCCGUGAGGAUCUUGCUGCUCUCGAGAAGGACUACGAGGAGGUCGCUGCCGACAGCUUCGCCGACGACGAGGCCGAGGCCGAGUACUAAGCUUCUGGAUUUGGUGCGUUUUGUCAGCUGGCGAUACUAUACCCGCAGGAUGCUCGGCGUGAUCGGCUGCAUCACUCAUGGACACACUCAAGCUCGCUGCAGCCCUUGCACGGGAUGCACUUUUCAGCCAGCCUAUUCUUUUCCCCCUUGAGGUUGCCGUUGGAUAGACGUCUCUUGCUGCGUGUGGAGAAACAGAAGUACGCUGGAGCAGGGAGCCGCCGUGUUCUUUGGGCAGCAGUACCUUGGAGUAUCCUGAUCGCGACUUGUGCUCGUGGAUAUAUCCAAAGACAUAUUUGGGGGUGGUGGUGGCAUAGGAUAAAUGUUGAUGUAGAGCAGCGAAGCGAGCAUUGCGGACGAGCACAAGGUGUUGUUAUGAGCGUAAUUCAAGUUGUAGACGGCCUUGUAGAGAUUAAAUUCUUCAACCUGCUUUAUUUUUCCA